UGUCGAGAUAUCUUCGAUGUCUGCUAGUGGCCCACGGCUCUCUCGCCAAGAUGUCUACAACCACACAAUGGGCUAUACGAGACUAUAUCCCUCGGCAUGAGAAUUGGCCCUAUACUGCUGCCGAUUUUCAACGCAUGGACGAGUUCCCAGAUGGUGAAUUCUAUAGCAACCCAAGAUUAUGCACGCACAUAGACGAUCAGGCGAUCCACACAUUGAGUCAAUACUAUGACGCUGUCUUACCUCGCAAGGGCCGUAUACUCGACUUUUGCUCCAGUUGGGUCAGUCACUUCCCACCGGAUCUCGAAGUUGCAGCCAAAUCCGGCAGCCUUCACGUGGUGGGCAUGGGGAUGAGUCAGGUAGAAUUAGAUCGCAAUCCUGUCCUAUCCACGCGUAUAGUUCAAGACCUGAAUGCGGAGCCGGCGAUCCCCAUGACGGACCCUCUCGACGCCGCGACCUGCGUCGUAUCUAUUGAUUACCUCACUCAACCCGUCAAGGUCCUCGAAUCGAUCCGCGAUCGACUCGUCCCAGGUGGUCAAGUUCACCUCGUCAUCAGUAAUCGAUGCUUCCCAACCAAAGUCGUCGGGCGCUGGCUACGUGUGAGCGAGUCGGAGAGGCUAGAGAUGGUCGGAGACUAUCUUCACUUUGCGGGGUACGAACGAAUCGAGGUGGUCACACUGACCGAUGGGUCUGGAUGGAGAGAUCCGCUGUGGGUCGUGAGGGGAAAGAGAGCGGAGAGCUGAGAUCAAGAGAGCUGAGAGCUCUGCUAACAUUUGCAUACAUCAAGCUGCACUCCUGUCACAA